AUGAGUGGCAGUGGCUUCUCAUUUCCUCCGCCACCACCGCCGCCACCGCCGCCACUUCAGUCGGACCAUGCAGGAAGUUUCCAGUCCCGAAUCUACGACGACCGCCAGCGAGGCAAUUCCGGUUACGGAAAUGGUCGGGGGCAGGGUGUUUGGGAUGGACGUGGUAGGAACAGGGGUGGUUACUUACAUCCUCACCCGAACCGUGGCGGACCUACCUUGAGGAGUCAGCAGCAGCAACGCUUUCCAACAGGCAAUCGUCACACCUCUUCACCCAAUAGUCUCUAUCAACAGCAAGACACCCGCUCACCGUUACCGAUAACCUUAGCGUCCGGCACCUACGCUGACCCAGAUCGUGCAACGUCAAACCGGCAGUUCAGUCCAACAUCGUCUCAUGUUACACCGGUAUCGAUGGCGGCUUCACUACCUCGUACCGCGGCUGGCCACAAAAGGAAGCUUGAAGCCCUACGUCCGCCGCCCCAUGAGCGGGUACCGAAGUCGCAAGCGGCACCAGCUACACCAAGUUUUGGUCCGCCCCUUCUUCCUGCAAAGCCGGUAAAACCACGCCCAGCAGAAGCGAAGGUGAAGACGAAGCCUGCCUCCAAUGGGCUCGGUCUUGUGCCGAGCUCAGAAGACCCUCAGUACUCGUCAUCUGACGAUGGUGACAACGAAGAUAUCGACGAAGAGGCUAUGCAUGCCGAGCUUGGCGCGAAGCUUUCCUUUGAGCACAACGGCACGGUCAUCUCCCUCAGCUCCACCGCCGAGAUCGCGGCAUGGCAGGAGGAGCGCAGGCGCAAUUGGCCGACCCGGGCACGGAUGACGGAGAGGGAAGGCGAGAGACGGAGAGUUGGCGAAGAGCGCAGGAGACUUCUAGCGAUGCCACCAUUGCCUAACAGUCGAUGGUCGGUUGAUUUUACGACUAAGAAGGACGAUGAUCGCCUCCAUGACCGCCGGCAGCUAGAUUCAAUCACGAACGAAGCCAUCACUAAUGAGGAUAGCAAAUUUGUCACAGCAAAAAGACAGCUUGCCGAACGUGAAGCCGAACUCGAAGAUUUGCGACGGCGUGUCGCUGACGGCCAAGCUCGUAUUGACAUGAGUCAGUCUCGGCUGGUCAGGCAUGAGGGCGGCGGGGCCAACCCCAGUUCCAUACCAAAACCGUUGGUAGGCUACGCUGAUGACGAUGAUGAAGACAAUCCAGGCGUCGAACCUGAACACGGUGCAUCUGAUACAUCGUCCGAAGUACUAUCCGAAUCGUCAGAAAUCAGCUCGGCCUCAUCAACAGAAAAUGUGCCCGAUAACGACGAGUUGCCUGAAGAGACUACGUCGAAGCUGAUAGAUACGUCGGACGCGGAGUUCCGCAAGCCUGUCUGCAAGUACUUUGCCGCGAGUGGGCACUGCAGAGAUGGCGAUGCCUGCAGAUUCCGUCAUGCGCGCACACAGGGACCGCAGCUUACGCGUGGGCGAACCAACCCAGCUCAGCCGCCUGCCGCGCAGCGCAGAGCGGCUGUUAUUGAGACCAAUGGCAGGAAGGGCAUCUUUCAACGCUUGCUGGAGCAGCAGCAGGAAGGAGAGGAUCGAUUGGCAUUGGAGGUCAUUAAGUAUCUGGGCAAGGCUGGCUUCUUUCGAGAUGUGUCUACCGAGACUGCUGUCACGCCGCAAUGA